AUGCCUUUCGGGUUGAAAAAUGCAGGUGCAACUUAUCAGAGGUUGAUGAAUAAAGUGUUUCGACACCAGCUCGGUAAGAAUAUGGAGGUAUAUGUUGAUGAUAUGGUUGUUAAGUCUGGAGACCUUGAACAACAUGUUGUUGACCUGGCGGAGGUGUUCCAACAAUUACACAAAUACGAUAUGAGGCUUAACCCAGAAAAAUGUGUAUUUGGUGUAUCAGGAGGAAAGUUCCUCGGCUUUAUGAUGUCGGCAAGGGGCAUCGAGGCCAAUCCCGACAAGUACAUGGCAGUCAUCAACAUGGUCAGCCCUCGGAACAUGAAAGAAGUUCAAAAACUGGCAGGACGGCUCACAGCGUUGUCACGGUUCCUCCCAUGUUUAGCCGAGACAGCAAAACCUAUUGUUGGAUUGCUGAGGAAAGUGAACAAGUUUGAAUGGUCUGACGAAUGUGAAAAAGCGUUCAAGACGCUGAAGGAACGUCUCGGUUCUCCUCCCAUCCUUUCAAAACCCAAUCCAGAAGUCGAUAUGGUAGUUUAUUUAUGCGUGUCAAAUGAAGCAAUCAGUGCAGUUCUGGUCCAAGAAGUAGGGUCGCAACAACCCGUCUACUUCAUCAGUCGCAUGUUACAGGAAGUCGAGACGAGAUAUCAACUCCUUGAGAAGGUGGCAUUAGGGCUUGUUCACACUGCUCGACGUCUCAAACAAUACUUUCAGAGUCAUCGUGUCAUAGUCCGAAUGGAUUGCCCGAUUGCCAAGGUUUUGCGUAAACCAGAAUUAGCUGGAUGGAUGAUGGCUUGGUCGAUUGAGUUGUCAGAAUUCGACAUUAAUUUCGAACCGAGGGGUCUAGUCAAGUCCCAGUACUUGGUGGAUUUUAUUAAUGAAUUACAGCCGAAGGGUCAUUUUUUGAGUGAUUUGUGGACAAUGCAUGUGGAUGGCUCUUCAAACAAUCGAGGUAGCGGGGCUGGUAUAAUCCUUGAAGGACCGACUGGGCUGACUCUCGAACAGUCAUUGAGGUUUGCGUUCAAGGCUUCGAAUAACCAAGCCGAAUACGAAGCAUUGAUUGCUGGCUUAAGACUUGCACAAGAAAUUGGGGUUAGACGAUUGAUGUGCUGGACCGAUUCGAAGGUCGUAUCAGAGCAGGUCAAUGACAACUUCUAUGUUAAGGACUCCUGCUUGUUGAAAUACUAUCAUUUGAUUCAGAGAAUGCGCAAUACCUUUGAUGAAGUCCAAGUAAGACACACGCCGAGAGAACACAACGAGAAGGUUGAUCAAUUGGCCCGGUUAGCAAGCAGUACUCGGAAACCUGGACAGCUGCGAACCACACUUCACCUUGAACUUACAACUCCGAGUGUGGUACCUACCGAAUGCAUGACGAUUGGGGAGCCCACUCAAACAUGGAUCAUAGAUAUAACAGAUUACCUUGAGCAUGGCAAAGAGCCAUCUGACCCAUCGACCGCCAAAAAGCUCCGAACCCAGGCUGCCAGGUAUUCAAUGGUUGGAGGAGAGUUAUACCGCAGAGGGUUUUCGGUCCCACUAUUGAAAUUUGUUGAUGCAGAGCAAGCAGACUAUGUCUUGAGAGAGAUUCAUGAAGGAAUAUGCGGUUGCCACUCAGGAGGACGAACCCUGGCCACCAAGGUGCUUCGGGCGGGGUAUUACUGGCCAACCCUCAAGGAUGACUGCAUAAAAUUUGUUAAGCGUUGCGUGUCAUGUCAACGGCACGACAAUCUCAUUCAUGCUUCAGCCGAAGAGUUACAUGGUAUUAGCUCACCUUGGCCAUUUGCAAUGUGGGGCAUGGAUAUCCUCGGACCAUUCCCAAUUGCUAAGGGCCAAUGCAAGUUUUUAUUGGUCGCUGUAGAUGCGUGUCAAAUGAAGCAAUCAGUGCAGUUCUGGUCCAAGAAGUAG